CUCUUUCUCUUUCUGUUCCUCUUUCCAAUUCCUUUCUGGGUUUUUUUUUUUUUUUUGAGUCUUCGCCAUGGCUAGCAGGAAGGAGGCUUUGAACCUCGAGGUCCUUGAAAUGAUCAGUAUAAUGGAGAAAAAAGGCGCAGUUGAUGAUCGUCUUGGCAAGAUUCGGGAUAUGAAUGAGACAAGUAACCCUUUUCCUCUUCUGGAGUUGAUUCCAACCUUCAACAAGGAUGCCUACAGCAUCUUAAGAGAAAUGAGUGUUGCUUUGGGUAAAACUGAUCUGGAUUAUGGUCACCUGGAGGAACUUUGCUCAAAAAUGGAAGGGAAAACCUCAAGCAUUGGUGCUUGUCGUAUGGCACGGGCAUGUAGUAGACUCCGUCAGGCUACUGAUGAGAAAUCUAAAGAUGGCUGUCUCAAUGCCUUUGAGAUACUAAAAAAUGAAUACUUAUCUCUGAAUUGGAUGCUGGAAUGGACAGCUGAGCUGGAAAGGAGGAUCCUCUCCCUGGAAACAAAUGAUCCAUGAUGGUUGUUGCACCUUCGAUUGCAUUUCUGCUGUUGUUAGACUGUCGCCUGCUUUUCAGCUGUUGUUAGAUGCUAGAAGUGUGCUCUGAGUGUUUUUCAUUUCCUGUUAUAAACAUCAAAACCAAUCAGUGUUCUUGUUUCCUGUUUCAAAUAUCCUUUGUGGCUUUUCCUGUUCGAAGUUUGUUGUAAAAACCUUGCAAUGUUUGAAAUUUGU